CCCCACCGACACCCCAUCUGAUCUAUCCCCUUCCUCUCGCGGGCACACACACUCCCACUCAGCCACUCUAGCUCAGCUCUCGCUCUCGGCCAGGAGGGAAGCGGCGGGGGGAAUCAAAGGUGGAUCUAUCGGAUCCGCCGGCGAUGAAGAAGACGGCGGUGAGCACCGGCUCCACAGGAGAGCGAGGAGGCUGGCCGUGCGGUCUGAAGAACCUCAACGCGGUGUUCCUGCUCUCCAUGGUGGCCACCAACCUGCUCUCCAUCUACCACCUCUCCUCCCGCGCCUCCUCCGCCAACCCACCGCCGUCCCACUCCGCCUCCGACCAGCAGCUGCUCCUCCAGCAGCUGAGCGCCAUCCGCGCCACCGUGUCCCACCUCCGCAGCUCGUCGUCGUCGUCCUCCAGCACCCCUCCGCCGCCGCCGGAGCUGGUCCUCUACUCCCGGCUGGCCCCCGUGGGCUCCGCCUGCUCCGCGCACCCGGACCUCCUCCACCGCUUCAUGUCCUACGCCCCCUUCUCCGCCUGCCCCGACGACGCCCGCUCCCUCGCCGAGCCCCUCCUCCUCCGCGGCUGCCACCCUCUCCCCCGCCGCCGCUGCUUCUCCCCAACCCCAAAACCCGCAUCCGGAUCCAUCCAGCAGCUUCCCACCGACCCCUUCGCGCCGCUCCCGGACUCCGCCGUCCGCUGGCCGACGGACGCGAAGAAAUGCAGGUCCUUCGCAUGCCUGCCGGCGUCGCUGGGGUUCGACCUCGCGGGGACGGAAUCCACCAAGUUCCUCCGGGCCCGCGGCCCGCUGGACCUGACGGUGCCGCAGCUGCUGCGGCUGGCGUCGAUGAGCCGGGCCGGGCCGAUCCGGCUGGGCCUGGACGUGGGCGGCGGGACGGGCACGCUGGCGGCCAGGCUCAAGGUUGCCGCCAACGCCACGGUGCUGACGACCACCAUGGACCUGGGGGGCGCGCCCUACUCGGAGGCGGCGGCGGCGCGCGGGGUGGUGCCGCUCCACGCGCCGCUGCAGCACAGAUUCCCCGUGGGCGACGGGACCAUGGACCUGGUGCGGACGGGCCACGCCGUGAACCGCUGGAUCCCGGAGCCGGCCAUGGAGUUCUUGUGGUACGACGCCGACCGGGUGCUGCGGGCGGGCGGGCUGCUGUGGGUGGACCACUUUUGGUGCCGGAAGGGGGAUCUCGAUGCCGUGUACGGCGCAAUGCUCAGGAGGCUCGGGUACAAGACCAUCAAGUGGGCCGUCGCCGACAAGUCCUCACGAGGCGGCAAUGCCAAGGACCAUGACCUUGUCUACCUCACCGCGCUGCUGCAGAAGCCAUUCUAGUUCCUAGGUUGUUCCAGGAGCAAUGGCUGCCGGGAGUUUCGUGGUUCACACCUCUCCAUUUGACCAUUUCACGUAGGAGUGCUCGACUUGCUAGUCUAUACGAUGCCUCAGUAUCAAGACAAUGCGAUUGCUGCACUGUUAUCGGCUUUGCACCGGGAAUGCACGUUACUGUACGACGGAGUACUCUCUCUGUUCAUAAAUUGGAUUUUUAUCCGAGUCGAUUCCAAGAAAUACUUAA